AUGGUUGGAACGAACGCGGCGACGGACGCGGGCGCGGCGGCGGCGGCGCGGGCGAGGCACGAGCGCGCGGUGCGGAAUGGGUUGAUCGCCACCGAGUUGCCGGCGUGCGCGGCGCACUGCGUCGACGCGGGAGAGGCGUUGUUGAAGCGGGACGGGAAGGAUGUGCACAAGCGAAGCGCGGCGAGACGCGGACGGUACGCGAUGCUGUUUCCGUGUCAAUUGAGCGUGAUGAAGGAAGGGAAGAUUGGGGAGAUGCGGGAGAUGCACACGCAGUCGCCGAUCGUGUACCUGAACUUUGGGGAGUUGGGGAGAAUGAAGUUGUUGGGGAGCAUCGUGCGGCCGAACUCGACUCGAUACUUUACGUUGAACGCGAAAUCGAGGGAUAGGAUGAAUCUGGAGGAGUGGUUCGAUAGCGUCAUCGUGUUCCCGUCGUGGUAUUGGAUCGGGACGGAAAAGGAGAAUCCUGAGGAGCGGGCGCUGGCGAUGCCCAAAGAGCUGGGAGAUUUGUCGGGCGAGCCUGAAGCGGUUUGGGAGAGCGGAAUAGCGGCGGGGAGCGGUAAGACGGCGACGGCGAAGGAUGACAAGGAACCGGCGACCGAUAAGGUCGAGGUCAGCGCGCCCACAGAAAAAGAAGGAGGACGUCGGCCGAGGCGACAGGCCGCGGCGGUGGCGAGAAAGAAGAUGUACGCCGACGACAGCGACGCGAUGGAAGAGUCCGACGACGACGACGACGGUCACGUCGCGUCGCCUGUCGUCGUUCGCGGCAAGGUCGAGAGCUUCAUGCCGACAAUACCACCGCCGCCGAAACCGCAACCGGUCGACGCUCCGGUGCGCGAAUCAAUCGCCGCUCCUGCUCGACAGUCCCUGUCGGCGCCCAAAGCGGCGCCCAAAGCGAAGGCAGCGUCGAAAACAAAAGCCGAACCUACCGCCAAACGUCAAAAACGCGACACCUCCAUCGUCAUCGGAAGUGAAAGUGAAGACGAUGAAGAAGAAAUGACGGAUGCGAACGGCGAUGACGACGAGGAUGAUAUUGAGGAUGCGUCCGACAGUGACGAAGAAUCAUUCGAGGAUGACGACGACGACGACGACUGGGAUUGA